UUGGAAUGUUAAACACGUUUUACAGCUUAAUUGUACAAUUUUGGUUUCCUUCCAACCCCUAAAUCAUCAUGGUUAUACUUUCUGAAUGCAGUAAAAAUAGUAAAAUAAAGCCAGCUGAUAGUUAUUGGACCAUCAAUCCAGAAAAAUGUGUCAAAUUAAAGAUUGAACGUGAACCAACGAUACAACCUGUAUCAAUUGUUGAUAUUUUUGAUAGAGUUGUUAAAGAAUAUCCGAAUAAUCCAUCGUUAAUGUAUAAAAAUUCACAUUCCAAAUGGACCCCAAUUACAUAUAAAGAUUACCAAAAAAAGGUUGAACAUAUUGCAAAGAGCUUUAUUAAACUUGGACUUGAUGAGUAUUUUUCUGUUGCUGUUAUAGCGUUUAAUUGCCCUGAAUGGUUUAUAUCAGCAUUAGCAGCAAUACAUGCUCAUGGAAUAAUUACAGGCGUUUAUACAACAAAUUCCACAGAGGCUACAUAUCACAUUUUAAAAACAUCACGUACUAAUGUCGUUAUUGUAGAUGAUACAAAACAAAUGAACAAAAUUCGUGAAAUAAGACAUAAAUUACCAUUUUUAAAAGCUGUUGUACAACUUAAUGGACCAUAUGAGUCCUUUGUUGGAACAGAAAUGGGAUAUUGCCGGUGGUCAGACUUAGAAGAAAUGGAUGUUACAGAGUUUAAUGAAGAGUACCAUAGAAGAAAAAAUAAUGUUGUUGUUAACGAAUGCUGCUCAGUGGUUUUUACGUCGGGUACAACAGGGCAAGCUAAAGGAGCAAUGCUAUCUCAUGAUAAUAUCCUAUUUGCCUGCCAAUCAACAAUAAAAUUUUUAGGAAAUUCUCGUUUUGGUGAAGAAGUUUUUGUUUCAUACUUACCAUUAAGUCAUAUUGCAGCACAAGUGUUGGAGUUUUAUAUUUGUUUAUGUUAUGCAGGCUGUGCGUGGUUUGGAGAUCGUGAUUCCUUAAAAGGAAGUUUAGUAAAUACAUUACAAGCUGCACGUCCAACUCGUUUUUUUGGCGUCCCCCGAGUAUAUGAAAAAAUUCAUGAAAAAAUGAAAGCUCUUGGAGCUCAAAGUAAUUUUCUAAAAAAAGCUAUAGCAAUGUGGGGUAAAAAUAUUACUUUGCAGCACUAUAUGGCUGAAACUACUGAUUCAAAUCAAAAACCAGUUCAUAGUUUUUCGUAUAAACUAGUGCGCAGAAUACUUAUGUCAAAAAUAAAAGAAGCUCUUGGUUUGGAUCGUUGUGUUUCUCUUGCUAGUGGUUCAGCUCCUUUGUCUGUGGAAACUAAAAAAUAUUUUCUAAGUUUGGAUAUAAAAAUUUUAGAUGCUUUUGGAAUGACAGAAACAUCUGCACCACAUUUAGUUUCACCACCAGAUGGACCUUUAAAUCUGGAAUCCGUUGGAGUUCCAAUUUCAGGUUGUGAUGCAAAAAUUAUAAAUCCAGAUAAAGAUGGUAAUGGUGAGUUAUGUCUAAACGGUCGCAAUAUAUUUAUGGGGUAUAUUGGUUUAUUAGAAAAAACUAAAGAGGCUUUAGAUGAUGAAGGAUAUUUGCAUACUGGGGAUAUCGCGCGAAUUGAUAAAAAUGGAUAUGUAACAAUAACAGGACGCCUUAAGGACAUAAUCAUAACGGCAGGUGGUGAAAAUAUUGCUCCAAUUUACGUUGAAAACUUAGUUAAAGCUGAGUUACCUAUAGUUAGUAAUGCAUUUUUAGUAGGCGACCGCCAAAAAUUCGUGGCAAUAUUGUUAGCUUUAAAGACUGAAAUCAAUCCAGAUGAUAUGUCUCCACUCGAUGCAUUGAUGCCAGAAGUCAUGGAAUUUUUUAAAAAUUUGGGAUGUAAUUGUAAAACUUUAAAAGAAGUAAUUGAAGCUGGGCCAUGCCCUAUUGUUUUGAAAUCAAUUCAAGAUGGGAUUGACAGAGCUAAUAUUCAUUCAAUAUCAAAUGCACAGAAAAUUCAAAAGUUUGCUAUACUACCACAUGAUUUUUCAAUAGUAACCGGUGAAUUAGGUCCUACAAUGAAAGUUAAACGAAAUUCUGUAGUUGAAAAAUACAAAGAAACAAUUGAAAGUUUUUAUAGAGAGAAUUAAUGCAUUACAUUUGUUUUGCAGAUGAAAUUCAGUUUAUCCAAAAUAAUAGUAAAUAGAACGCUAGUCUUAAAAAGCUUUAUAAAAAUUAUAAGUUUAAAAUGUUUAAAGUGUUCGAGCAUCCUUAUUUCCUUUACCCAUUAUUAAUAAUUUAAUAGUUUUCAUUUAUUAAUCUAAUUAAGUGAUUAAGUUACUUAGAUUUAACACAAAUUCAUAUUACUUGCA